CUCAGUCGUGGUUGCCUUGAGCUUUGAAUCCCGGAGACCAUAAACUGAAAUCAACCGAAGCUGGGCACACAUUCUGGAUACCAAGGGCUGUAUGGUAAUAAUGUCUUCCGCAACACCAUGCCAAAGCUGUCCUGGGAUUACAAAUUUAACAACCAUCCUUCCUAACACCAGCUGCCAGCAUGGUGGUCUUAAAGCCGAUAGCUGUCAACCAACCGGCCAUGUUCUGAGAACUCUCCAGUCCCAGGACUACAAACCCACUCCUUGCUUUUCGCUCACACCUCUCUGCUUAAUCAGCAACUUCAACACCUGUCCCUUUCUGGAGGACUGUGGCUGGUGUGAUGGUGGCAUCAACAGUAAUGAGAAAGAGACCAUGAAAACCUUGAACGAUCGCCUUGCUAACUACUUGGAAAAGGUACGAAUGCUGGAACGAGAGAACGCCGCACUGGAGUGUAAAAUCCAGGAAGAAUGUAACAAGGAACUCCCGGUCAUAUGUCCUGACUACCUAUCCUACUAUGCAAUCAUUGAGGAGCUCCAGCAAAAGGUCUUGUGUACCAAGGCUGAGAAUUCCAGACUGGUUUCACAAAUUGACAACACCAAACUGACUGCUGAUGACUUGAGAGCCAAGUACGAAGCUGAGCUGUCCCUACGCCAGCUAGUGGAGGCAGAUGCCAAUGGCCUACAGCAGAUCCUGAAUGCACUGACGCUGGGCAAGGCUGACCUGGAGGCACAAGUCCAGUCUCUGAAAGAGGAGCUCCUUUGCCUCAAAAACGACCAUGAACAGGAAAUCAGCUCCUUACAGAGCCAGCUUGGGGACAGACUCAACAUUGAAGUGACCAGUGCCCCUUCUGUUGACCUAAACCGGGUUCUCCAAGAAAUGAGAUGUCAAUAUGAGUCCAUCAUGGAGACAAACCGCAAAGAUGUGGAAGAGUGGUUCAACACACAGAUGGAGGAGCUGAACCAGCAGGUGGUGACCAGCACUCAACAACAGCAGUGCUACCAGAAGGAGAUCAUUGAACUGAGACGCACCAUGAAUGCUCUGGAGAUUGAACUGCAGGCCCAGCACCGAAUGAGAGAUUCCCAGGAAUGUGCCCUGACAGAAACGGAAGCCCGCUACGCAGCCUUGCUGGCCCAGAUCCAGUGUCUGAUCGAUAACCUAGAAGCUCAGCUGGCAGAGAUCCGGGGGGCCCUGGAAAGACAAAACCGAGAAUAUGAGAUUCUGCUAGAUGUCAAGUCCCGACUGGAGUGUGAGAUUGCCACAUACCACAGCCUUCUGGAGAGCUCAGAUGGCAAGCUUCCCUGUCACCCAUGUGCCAUUAAGCAUGAGCCUUCUGCUUGCAUAUCCAGCAAGGCCAGGGCCAUGGAAUGCACAGCCCCAGUUCACACGUCAUCCUUAGGCCCCUGUGGAAUACAAGAGUCCCGCAGUGCCUGCAGCAUCCUGCCCAGAAUUCUGGUUAAAAUCUGCACCAUCACUGAGGAGAUCAAGGAUGGGAAAGUCAUUUCUUCUCACGAGCACGUGCAGCCUUGCUUCAUCACCAGAACUGCCAAAGCCUGACAUCCCAAGGUGAAAAAUGACCCUCAUUCAUGAAAGAGAGGCCAAUCCUUGUUUCUGCCAGAACCCCCAGUCCCUUGAGGUACUUGGUUUCUUGCUACUACACGGGUCCCCAUUGCUAGAUAUAAGAUCUUUUAUUCUGCUCUAAGUCAUUGCCACCAACACGACAAUAAAUGACAUUUCUCUGGAAGCACAUUUCCCAGGUAUCUGAAGGUCAGGCACUGAUACGUAGGUGUGACAAGGUGACCUACAUUACCUGACUCCCCAGGUGAUGGGCAGGUUCUUCUGUGUUUAUUCAGGCCUUGUUUACUUACGUUCCUCUCCAGAGCCAGUCUGACAAGUUUGAGGGUUGUUUUUGGCCACAGAACAUGAAGGUGAAAAGUUAAAAUCUUCCCUUCUAAACUCCUUCUCUGUAUAUAGAAAGAAGCUUAUGUGGGGAUGGCAUGAACAGAGAAAAGUCUUUAAUACUUAGUUUCCUUGAAUAGUCAUGAGUCUGAAUCCUAUUCACCUCUGUUGUCUCAAUGACUGUUUAUCCACACGUACACACUCUGCCUGCUCUCAAGUAUUUUUUUUUAAUUUUUUACUUAUUUUAUUUAUUAUGCUCAAGAUUUUUGGGGCUUCUUGAAUCUUAAGUUUUACAACUCAUGGGUUUGAGGAAAUUCAAGUCCUUUAUCUCCCUUUCUCUGUUCUCUCUCUGCACCCCUUCUAGAUGAAGACUGGAGCUUUUCCUCAUUUUUAUUUUUGUUUGUGUGUACGUAUUUUGUUGUAUGUAUUUUGUCUAUCUGCACGGCUUGCAAUAUCAUAGUUCCUGGACUAAGGAUAGAACCCACCCCCUCUGCAUUGGAAGCACCGAGUCUUCACUACCAGACUGCCAGGGAAGUGCCAUGCACAAAAAUACUUUUAAAGAUGUACACAUUCUCCAAAACUUUGUAAAUCAUCAGGCUCUCCAAAUAUUUUCAUCAAGAAUAGGGAAUCAUUGUGAGGUGUGAAUCCAGAGCAUUUUGAAGAAAUAUCUUGGAUCCUUUCAUUAAAUGUUUGCUGUUUCUCUUUCUAUUCUUUAGGGAAUGGGCUUUAGUUCUGAUUGUUUGACAAAGGACAUGUAGCUGGAAAUCUCAAGACAUUACCCUGCUCCUCUAUCUCCCUGUGACAGGUGCCAUGAAAAAAUAACUUAGAUGCCUACUUCAAUCUAUCAGAAUAGAGAAAUGGACUCAAUAGCAACCAACUUUGCAGAGAAGUAAUCAAGAAUAAUUCCUGCUUGCAAGCAGUCCCAGUGUGAGAAAGCACCAUUUAGGUACCAGCCAUUAUCAGAGGUUCUUACAGUAGGGUCUCAGAGUGUUUAAAUCAGUCUGUACAAAAUUUUUUUUUUUUACCUUUCCAGAGGUUUCAGUAAAUAAUUCCAACCCACACACAGAAUGUUAAGUCAAAAGUCCUGAAGUCCUGUACUUGCCACUUCCUAACCGUGACUCUGGCAAAUCUUAAGCCGUCAACAAAUUUAAUUUCCUUGUUUGUUAAAUGAGGUUCAUGCCUACUUCACACUGUUGUUGUGGUGAUCAGAUGAAGUUUCUAUGCGAUGCUGCUCUGUUGCUGAAAAGUACUAUACAAGUGUUAUUUUUAUAUAAGCCCUAGAACUAAUUUAUCAUUCUUUUCUCAUGUUAAAAUUCUUUCUCCAUGUAUUUAGUUCUCCAGUCAUGAUUUUGAAGUUUUAAUAGUGUUUGGCUUUGACAGAUAAAAAGAAUAAAAUAAGAUCUCCUGUGAUCAAGCCCACAGUUCUACUCAAUAAAACAUUUUUGAA